CUUCAACCUAUGUAGAAGUACAAGGAGCUAUUGGCAAUUCAGUUUGCUGAUCAAGAUAGUACCAAACCACAACCUGGUGGGGUCUUACCAUGGCUUCCAACAAAUUCGCUGUCAAUUGAUGAGAUUUACAAAAAGGUCAAGAACAUUAUGCCUAGUGUAAGGGAGUGUUAUGCUAAUGAAUUGAUCAAAGAUUACAGCGACGAGGAGUUUGCACAGAUGAUGUUCCUGGAUGGAUGCUUCAUCCUCCAAUACUUUCACUGCAUUGAGACUGGCAAUUAUAAGGAGCUCAAAAUGAAGAGCCAUGAUAUAGCUUUCAUUCGUCUUGAUCUUUUCUUACUUGAAAGUCAGUUACCAUUUGAAGUUUUGCAGGUGUUAAUGAGCUGUAAGUUCAAGAAUAAUGAAGGAAUGAAGAUGAUUAAAAUGUUCAACUCGAGUGCACAUACAAAGCCUCCUCAAUGUCAUGGAUUCAUUCAAAGUAUCAAGGAUUUCUUUGGGGGGAAUUCUCUUUCCUGUACAGACAGAACUUGGGCAAGGUCCCCAUCCUGAAAGCUAUACAUGUUCUAAGAAAGUAUUAAACUGUCUUGGCAAGAAGUGUGAAGGAGAAGGCCUUUCCUUACCAAACAAGAAAGCAUGAGAAAUCAGCUUCCUGCUCAUCUCCUCGAGAUAUUAAGAACACAUCUCAUAAACCCAAAGGCUUUCUUAAUAGGUGGAUGCUAUCUAAGGGGUGACUGGUGCUCCUAUCGUUCAGCCAUGGAGCUCAAGAGAGCAGGAAUCCAUUUCAAGCCUGGCAAAAGUCGUCGUCUUACAGAUGUUAGGUUCAAUUUCUUUCAUUGCUCAGCUCUUUUAACACUUCCACCUAUAACCAUAGAUGAUUCAACUAAGUCGGAGUUUUUAAACUUGGUUGCAUAUGAAGCAUGCCCUGAUACACCAGAUGACUUUGGUGUCACAUCUUAUCUUAGCUUCAUGGAUUCACUCAUUGAUCAUGCUGAAGAUAUGAAGGAGCUGAGAUCAAAAGGUAUACUUCUUAACUUUCUUGGAAGUGAUCAAGAAGUAGCAGAUCUCUUCAAUGAGAUAGCAAGAGAUUUGGUGCCUAAUCCACAUGCCUUUGUUGAUGUGAAAGACAAAAUUGACAAGCAUUGCAAUAGCAAACGAAAAAUAUGGAUUGCUGAGUGGUAGAACACUCAUUUUAAUACCCCAUGGACUAUUUUCGCAUUUAUUGCAGCACUUUUUGUUAUUGGUUUGCAAGUUACUGGUACAUCUCUAUCAGGCAUCCAAAGCUAUUAUGCAGUCCAUCAAAAAGGGAGCUAGUAAUGAUAGGAUUCAAAACCAAGCUGUUGUUUUUCCCCUUCUUUUCUGCAGGAA